AUGGACACGGGGCAGAGCGCACAGGUCACUGACAUGGGAGGAGAGCACUCCGCCGGGGUGAGUGCGGUGGAGCGGGAGAGGGGUGAUGUGUCCAGCCCCUGUCCACCGGCCAAGCAGCGUUCCUUGCGGGUGGUGUACGUCCUGAACGACGGUCUGAAGUCGGUGAUGGCCAGCAGCCCGGAGUCUGGAGCUCUUCAGUGUCUGCAGAGAGCCUGCGACUCGGAGAGCGCGCUGCUCACCACCGUCACCUUCGGCCGGCUGGACUUUGGAGAAACAUCCGUGCUCGAUAGUUUCUACGAUGCAGACAUCGCGGUGGUGGAUAUGAGUGAUGUGUUUCGGCAGCCCUCCUUGUUUUAUCAUCUGGGUGUGAGGGAGAGCUUCGAUAUGGCCAACAACGUCAUCCUGUACAACGACACUGACCCAGACACUGCCCAAUCACUGAAGGACAUGGUCGCACAAAAAAACACAGCAUCCAGUGGUAACUACUACUUCAUCCCCUACAUAGUGACUCCUAACCAUGAAUACAUGUGCUGUGAGAGUGACGCCCAGCGCAGGGCCAGUGAGUACAUGCAGCCCAGCUGGGACAACCUGCUGAGCCCCCUCUGCGUCCCCCUGACGGACCGCUUCACCAGCCUGCUGAAGGACAUCCACGUCACAUCCUGUGCUUCAUUUAAGGACACCCUGCUAAAUGACAUCAGGAAGGCCAGAGAGAAAUACCAGGGAGAGGAGCUGGCCAAGGAGCUUUCUCGCAUUAAACUCCGAAUCGACAACACUGAAGUCCUCACCCAGGACAUCGUGAUGAACUUGCUCUUUUCUUACAGAGACAUACAGGACUAUGAUGCUAUGGUGAAGCUGGUGGAGACUCUAGAGAUGCUGCCGACUUGUGAUCUAGCCACCCAGCCCAUGAUCCAGUUCCACUAUGCCUUCGCCCUAAACAGGAGGAACACUCCUGGCGACAGGGAGCAGGCUCUCGAAGUGAUGCUACAGGUUUUGCAGUCGUGUGAACAUCCAGCACCGGACAUGUUCUGCCUCUGUGGACGGAUAUACAAAGACAUAUUCCUGGACUCCGACUGCAAAGACACUAUAAACAGGGACAACGCUAUACAGUGGUACAGAAAGGGUUUUGAGCUGCAGCCAACGCUCUACUCUGGUAUCAACCUUGCUGUUCUACUCAUAGUCGCGGGCCAACAGUUUGAGAGCUCCAUUGAACUGAGAAAAAUAGGUGUGCGGCUGAACAGUCUGCUGGGUCGCAAAGGUUCCCUGGAGAAAAUGAAUAACUACUGGGACGUGGGCCAGUUCUUCACUGUUGGCAUGCUAGCUAACGACAUCCCUAAGGCUACUCUGGCCGCAGAGAAGCUCUUCAAACUCAAGCCGCCUAUCUGGUAUUUGCGCUCUGUGGUGCAGAACCUGCAGCUGAUCCAGAGGUUUAAGAAGCAGACAGUGGAACACUCUCCUCAGAGGGAAAGACUCAACUUUUGGAUGGACAUCAUAGUGGAGGCAACGCAGGGCACCACCGAACGACUGCGGUUUCCAGUGUUGAUUCUAGAGCCAACUAAGGUUUACCAGCCUUCCUAUGUGUCCAUCAACAAUGAGGCUGAAGAGAAAAAUGUCUCUAUCUGGCAUGUUUCUCCCGCUGAAACGAAAGGGAUCCAUGAGUGGACCUUCACUGCAAUGUCAAUUAAAGGCAUAAGCAUCAGUAAGUUUGAUGAGCGCUGCUGCUUCCUGUACGUCCAUGAUAACUCAGAUGACUUCCAGAUUUACUUUUCCACUGAGGAACAGUGCGGUCGGUUCUGCUCAAUGGUGAAAGAGAUGAUAUCAGAUGGUACGGGGAAUGCUGUGGAGCUGGAGGGGGAAGGAGAUGGAGAUACACUGGAGUAUGAAUAUGACACCGAUGAGACAGGGGACAGGGUGGUGUUGGGGCGUGGUACCUAUGGAGUGGUGUAUGCUGGGAGAGACGUCAGCAACCAGGUUCGAAUCGCCAUCAAAGAGAUCCCUGAGAGAGACAGCAGGUACUCCCAGCCACUUCAUGAAGAGAUUGCCCUUCACAAAUACCUGAAACACAGGAACAUUGUUCAGUAUUUGGGCUCCGUUUCUGAAAAUGGGUACAUCAAGAUCUUCAUGGAACAAGUGCCUGGAGGAAGCCUGUCUGCCUUGCUGCGGUCUAAAUGGGGUCCACUGAAGGAGGCGACUAUAAUCUUCUACACCAGACAGAUCCUGGAGGGUCUCCGAUACCUGCACGAGAACCAGAUCGUCCACCGAGAUAUUAAGGGUGAUAAUGUGUUGGUGAACACCUACAGUGGUGUCCUGAAAAUCUCAGACUUUGGUACAUCAAAGCGGUUGGCAGGAGUCAACCCCUGUACUGAGACAUUCACCGGUACUCUGCAGUACAUGGCUCCAGAAAUCAUUGAUAAGGGCCCUCGAGGGUAUGGGGCCCCAGCUGACAUCUGGUCCCUGGGAUGCACCAUAAUAGAAAUGGCUACUGGGAAACCGCCCUUUCAUGAGCUGGGAGAACCACAGGCGGCCAUGUUUAAGGUUGGCAUGUUUAAGAUCCACCCAGAGAUUCCUGAGUCCUUGUCAUUGGAGGCCAAGUCGUUUAUUUUGCGCUGCUUUGAGCCUGACCCAAAUAAAAGAGCCAUCACCUCGGACCUCCUCAGAGAUUCUUUUGUCAGACACAACGCAAAGGGAAAGAAGAGUAAGAUCGCCUUCAAACCAUUAGACUACAUCCAAAACGUUUCCCUGCCGGUGCAGUUGCAGUGCGAGGCCACCGGGAGCAGCAGCAGUGAACCCGGCUCCGUGAGCCCAGACUGUGACUCAAAGCAUGAUGGUUUCUUUGAUAAGAAGAAGAGCUCCGGCUCUGAGAACCUGCUCAAACCACCCAUCUCCAACUACUUGAGUGUUCCGGAUGAGGGUUCUGUCUCAGAGGACCGCAGUGCCCCCCCUUCCCCUGAGGACAGGGACAGCGGUCUUUUCCUGCUUAAGAAGGACAGCGAGAGACGGUCCAUUCUCUUCAAGGUCCUCAAUGACGACCAGGCAAAAGUCAUCUCCAACCUCAGAGAGAACCACAUGCAGGGCAGCGAGGAGCUCCAGCUGUCCGUGGAACACAUAAAGCAGAUCAUAUGCAUCCUUCGAGACUUCAUCCAUUCCCCAGAGAGGCGUGUCAUGGCGGCCACCAUCUCCAAGCUCAAGCUGGACCUGGACUUCGACUCCACCUCCAUCAACCAGAUCCAACUGGUGCUCUUUGGCUUCCAGGACUCUGUUAACAAAGUCUUAAGGAACCAUCACAUUAAACCCCACUGGAUGUUUGCCAUGGAUAACAUCAUCCGCCGAGCGGUGCAGGCUGCAAUAACCAUCCUCAUACCAGAGCUGCAGACCCACUUCGGUCCAGCGUCAGAGUGCGAGGGAGCAGAGAAGGAAGAUGAAGUGGAUGAAGAGGAGGCAGAGUUUGGUCCCGUUUUAGCUUCUCUGACUGAAGACCCCGUGACGACAGCUGACCCCACACAGUCUGCAGCCAGCACUAUAAACUCCACCCACUCCCAGGAGCCUCAGCGCUCGCACCAUCAGCUGGGUGCACAGCUGGGCCGGCUCAAACAGGAGACCAACCGGCUGCUGGAUGAGCUGCUGCAGAAGGAGAAAGACUACCAGCAGGUCCUGAAGGCCACACUGCAGCAGAGAGCACACGACCUGGAGAUGGUCCGAGUCAGACACAGACCCCCAGACAUUUCACCUCCCUCCAUAUUCCACAUCCCAGCGGACCACGAGCCGGACAAGGAGCUCACUGAUUGGCUGAAAGAGAACGGGGCAAACGCUGACACCAUAGAUAAGUUUGUGCUGGAAGAAUACAAACUGACUGACAUUCUCAAUGACGUUUCCAAAGAUGACCUCCACUGUCUACGUCUACGGGGUGGAGUCCUCUGCCGCAUCUGGCGGGCCAUCCAGCGGCACAGAGAGCGAGAGAGGCUGAGGGGUGACGAACGCUCGGAAGAUGAUGCAUGAUGGGAUACGUUGACUACAACUCUGGAGGACUCUGUUUGGCAGAAACACACACACGUCAACACUACCAGUCCUGCUUGCAUAAUGUUUUUUCUUUCUCUCUCCCCAGUGCCUUAUCAUGUUGUAGUCUGAAGCUUUUAUGUACUGAAUCUUAGUUUGAUUGUACAUCUCUAUAGUCACAGACUGGACCAGACCAAAGCACUUUAGUGCAGCCAGAACUCUAUAUAUCUGUUUACGCAAUAUGUAUUGAUGCUCAUGCUUGAGAACUUUGCUCGAGAAUUUUGAGAAGAAAAUCCAUCAUAGCAAUCAGAAACAUGUGACACUCCAUGCAGUAUCUUUUUAGUAAGAAACUGUCAUCCCCCCCAGUAAACGUUUUGUGUUCAGAUUAUUCACAGAGAAUCAUAAUGUCCAUAAAAACCUUUAAAACUGCUCCUGUGGCAUAAUAUAUUCAGUGUGAUCCAAUGAAAACCUCAAUACAGAAACUGAAUUCAACAUGUUAAUUGGUUUCAGUCUUACCCCUCCCGAUUUCUGUUGACUUUUAUUAUUCCUCUAUCCGUCAUAACAGCAUACAGUUGGACAAAAGAUAAGCCAUUAUGCUGCAGGACUAGAUUCACACGCCUUCUGUUUUGAAUAAUGAUUCCAAGUACAGCCAUUGUUCUCUGACAAAAACCACAUGCAUAGUAUUUUAACAACCACAUCUGUAAUGUCACAUAAUCAUCAAUAAUACAAACAUGCAGGCAAAUUCAAUCGAGAUAAAACCAUUUGUUUCUUUUCCUGCCUUCAGAAUGAUUGGUCAGUAUGUAAACACUAUGUAAAACAAGAAAAAGGGCUCCAAAUGUUCUAGUUUUAGGUUGAAUACUUUAAUAAUUCAGUGGAUAAUUGUUCCAAAACUGUGCAAACAAACAAAGCUAAUCUGCUUUUCCUCUUCUAUAAAACCUUAUUUAAUAAACAUAUAUGUUCUUCUCUCUGAGUACCUCUAUUUAAAUGUUGUUUUUUAU